AUGGAAGUGUUCACUUUACCAAUUUUUUAGAAAUUAAACAAAAUAUAAUCUUGUUAAGAAGAGGAUAUCUAUGAGCCAUUGGAUGAACCAUAAUAAUAGCCUAGUUGUGAAGAAUGCAAAAAGGUUUUUACCAACAAUUCUAAACUAUAAAGACAUAUACGAGAGACACAUUAAAACUUGAAGCAAUUUCGAUGUGAGUAGUGUGGGAAGGAGUUUAAGCGUUCUUAGCAUCUUAAAAGACAUUAAUUAACUCAUAGUGGAAGUCGACCAUUUAAAUGUGAAAGUAUAUAAUAGAUUUGAGAUUGAGGUUGUCCAUAGAAAUUUACAUGUAAACAUCAUUUGAAAAGACAUAUGUAAUUAAUUCAUGAAAUGAAAUCAUAUGAAUGCAAUGAAUGUGAUUAAAAGUUUACAAAGAAGAGAUAAUUAAAGAAACAUUAGUAAGAUCAUCAUAAGAAAUAAUAAAAUGAAUUAUUUUAAUGUUUAAAAUGUAAUAGAGUAUUUUAGAGAUUGAGAUCUUUGAAGAAACAUAAUUUGGUUAGACAUAAAAAUAUAAGAGCAUUUGGUUGUGAAAAGUGUAAUAAACAUUUUGCUCAUAAAUAAACAUUAAAUAAGCAUAUAUAAAGGUGUCACAGUGAAAUUUGA